AUGUACUUCGCAAGCCUCUCCAGCGUUGCUUUCGCAACCUUCAUAUUCUCUUCAGUCGCCUCAGCUGGAUGCUUCAACGGUGGACAGUCUUGGGGCGACAAAGAACUAGCAAAAAAAGCAGUAAAGGCCUUCUGCUCUAAUUUCAGCAGCUUAUCAUAUUCAAGAGAGUUGUUAGAUGCGGGUACUUCAAAAUCUGGCUGCCUCGAUGGACCUGCGGGCACGCGGUUCGACUUCACCGUGGAGAAGAUCGUCGAUGACCUAAUCUUUCUUGACGAGCCAACGUGUGUUGAGUUCCUUACGAACGAAGUCCAUGGUUGUGAUCAUGGCGGAAGCUCUCGCGUAAGAUACUGGUGGUUCACCCUAACUCUUGUAGCUCCGACCCGAAUGCGGGAGCUUGCUAGCGCUGCCAAGGACUAUGAAAUAGGAAAAUACGAUGCGGAUGGCAGGAGAUUUCUUGUGUAG